AUGGGAAAGGCUUCAGGUCUGAGCAAUGUGUACGUGAUCAGUGGGAUGACGACCAUCGGAGGUCUUAUUCAAGGCUUCGAUGUGUCUAGUAUGUCUGCUAUCAUCGGUACAAAUGAGUACAAGAUAUACUUUAACCAUCCUGAUUCGGUAGUUCAGGGUGGUAUUACGGCCAGCAUGGCUGGGGGAUCUUUGUUAGGAUCUCUCUUCUCAUCAUGGACCAGUGAUCGGUUUGGUCGUCGUGAUUUUCUUUUCAUCGCAUGUAUUAUAUGGCUUGUUGGAUCAACCUUGAUGUGUGCUGUGCAGAACGUUGCCAUGCUGAUCGUCUCCCGUAUUAUCAACGGAUUCGCAGUAGGUAUGUUGACUAGCCAAGGACCGAUUCUCAUCGCUGAGAUCAGUUUGCCUCAUCAACGUGGUCGACUACUUUCUUUGCAACAAUGGAUGAUUACUUGGGGUAUCCUGAUAAUGUACUUCAUCAGCUACGGUGCUUCCUUUAUGGGGAAUAACGGCGUGUUCCGACUUCCAUGGGGCAUACAAAGGAUUCCAGCUAUCGCACUACUGAGCUGCCUUCCGAUGAUUCCUCGCUCGCCCCGCUGGCUGGCAUCACAAGACAGAUGGGAAGAAGCUACAGAGGUUCUUUCACAGUUACAUGGUCAAGGCAAUGCACUAGAUCCCAUUGUUGUUGCACAAAUCCGUGAGAUGCAAGAAAAGAUAGAAAUUGAGAAACAGUACCAGAGCACAUCCUGGCUCGAACUUUUCAACUCGCGCAACUUGAUUCGAGUUCACUGUGGCAUCUUCACUCACAUAUGGGCUCAGUUGACGGGAACAAAUGCAAUGAUGUAUUACAUUGUCUACAUAUUCGAAAUGGCUGGUUUGACUGGCAAUAACACACUGCUCUCGGCAUCUAUACAGUAUGUUAUUAACGUGAUUAUGACAUUACCUGCCCUCAUCUUCAUCGACCGACUUCCACGACGACACCUCUUUAUUUUUGGGGCUCUCGCAAUGGGUGUUCUUCAGUUCACACAAGCAGGACUCAUGGCUUCAUAUGGUCACUAUGUGCCAGGUGGACUAAAUGGUUCACCCACUGUGCGCUGGAAAGUUACGAACUCGAAGGCCUCUAAGGCUAUAAUUGCGUGCUCAUAUCUUUUUAUUGCAUGCUACGCACCCACAUGGGGGUAUGUACAAAAUCAUCUCCUCUUGGAUGGUCAGGCAUACCCACCCGAGAUUAUUCCCCUUUACAUCCGUAGCAAAGCUGUGUCUCUAGCGACCUUUUUCAACUGGGGCUGUAACUUUGCUUUAACAUUCUUCACACCUCCAGCAUUUCAAAACAUCCAGUGGAAGACCUACUGUAUUUUCGGGACUUUCUGCAUCGUUGCCGCAAUCCACGUCUUUUUCUUGUUCCAGGAGACAUGCGGCAAAUCUCUGGAAGAGAUCGAUGAGAUCUUCGAAAACCAAAGCAUUUGGGCUUUCAAGGCCACCACAGAACCUAGUCGACUUACUGUCGAUAUUGAGCGAGCUAAAGACGAUUUGGAUGUGGACAAGACGAGCGUCAGUUACGUCAAACAGCCUGAGCUAUGA